AUGUCAAACACAAGAAAAAUCGUAAAAAACAUUAAAAAUUACAAAAACACAAUCAAAAAAAUAUUCAAAAUUCUAAGCUAUUGCUUCUUACUUUCUGGCUUGUGGUACCAAACUCGCAGAUUUUACACAAAAUUAAAAAUUACACCUGAAAUUUUUACAAAAGAAAAUUUUGUCAAAGGCAGAGAAAUUCCAUUUCCAGCAGUAACAUUCUGCCCGAAUUAUUUACCAAAAGAUCAUCAGACGCCAGAAUUUAUGGAAAGUCACAAUUUGACAAAAAGUCAUUUAAAGCUAGUUGAUGAGCUGUUGUGUGGAAGUCUUAUGCCAGAUGGAAUCGAUGAUGAAGUUAAAGAAAAAUUACUUUUUGAGAGUUUAAAAUUAUUUUCUCCAAAAUUCGAAGACUCAAUUAAUUUAAGCAGAUUCUCAACAUUUUACUUGCAUAAGCAGAACUUUUCAGUUUCGUACACAGAAUUUGGAAUUUGCUACACAUUCAAUUCACUUGGAUACUCGUCAAUUCUUAAAGAUGACGUCAUAUCUGCUUGGCACGAAGGAGAUCAAUUUAUGCCUUCUAAUUGGACUCUUCAGGAUGGCUACUUAAGUGAUAAAGAUUCAGUCUAUCCAUUAAGAACGUCUCCGUUUGUAAUUUUAAAAGUUAAUUUUUAUGUUCGUUCGAACGAAAACUUUUGCAGUGAAAAUAAAAAUAAAACUUUUAUAAAAAUUCAUCUCCCGAAUGAACUGCCAACGCCAUUCAGUCCAACAUUUAGUAAAACUUUUAAUGAAAAUAUCGAGUUCCACAUAUCAGCAGAAGUAAAGCUCAUCGAUGAGUCUUUGAAGGAAUUGUCACCAAAACAACGCGGAUGCUAUUACGAAGGCGAAAAGCAACUGAAAUUCUUCAAAACUUACUCAAAAGUUAAUUGUGAUUAUGAAUGCUUUACUAAUUUUACGUACGAUGAUUAUGGAUGCGUUCCUUUCAUGUUUCCACGGACGAAGGAUAUGGAACUAUGUUCAAGUGACAUUCUCAGCUAUAAUGUACGGAUUAUGGUGAAGAACUGGCCAAAAAAGUAUUAUACGGAACAAAAGAAUCCACAUUUACUGCCUGUUUAUCCGUGUGACUGUAUGGAACCGUGUAGACGAAUCAAUUACAAAAUUGUUAAGGAAUCUCUUUUGGGUUUACCAUAUUUAAGUUCUUACGGAUUAGAAUUUGUUGACGCUCAAGUCUCAUUGACAACGACUUACAUCACAUAUAAGCUAGAAAACUUUAUAUUUGAUCUUUUUGGAUUGUUUGGAUUAUUUUUGGGCUCAUCAAUUGCAUCGCUGUUUAUGAUUCCAAUUAAAAUUUAUAAUUUUGUAUCAGAAAAAUUGCAUCAAAAGCGACCAAAAAAUCUACAACCAGAACUAGAGCUUGAACUUGAUCAAGGAACAACAACUGAUAUUCCUGAAAAAGAAGAAGUUGAUCGAGAACAGUCAGCAAUGUCUGAAAUAUCACGAAAUAUUUACAUUUUAUCGCAUGGACAUGCAACUUUUGUUCCAGUAGCUACUAAACUUUAA